UUUCAUCACAUUUCAAUCAAUCAAUCUAUUCACUCUGUUGUUCUGCGGAUUCGUUCCUGAAUGAACGAAAUAUCAUUCUUGCCUGUUAAAUUUGCCGAUGGCGGGGCAAGAAUUGAUUUUAAAUUCCCUUAUACGUAAACUGUAUUUUUAAGUUUAUUCUAGAAAUUUUAGCUACAUUAUUAAAUAACAUAUAUUUGUCUGUCAAUUCCCAAAAUUUUACAUCAUGGAGGAUCUCAUCAAUGCUCUUGCUGGCUCCCAAGUAACUUCCCAGCCAAAUUCUACGGCUGCUGAACAUCCUCGUUUUGUAAUGUAUAAAGCGAAAUCGAAUACAUUGGACCAAGAAACUAGAAGAAGGAAGUUUUUAGAAGCACAGAAACGCAAAAGAUUUGAUUAUGCCAGUCAUGCUCGUCAACUUGCUCUUAGUAAGUGGGACAAUGGUGAAUCGGAAGAAGAAAAUGAAGACAUGGAUUUUGAAGAAUGUAUUCCUAAACCACCGAAAUCUUACAGGAACCAGUUGAUGCUGUCUGAAUGGCUAGUUGAAGUUCCUGGUGACUUAGCUGAUCAAUGGUAUCUUAAGCUUUGUCCAGUUGGGAAAAGGUGUCUUAUUGUUGCUUCUAAAGGAAUGACCAAGGCAUAUACAAAAAGUGGAUAUAAUAUAAUGAGUUUCCCAUCGAAUCUUCCUGGUGGUAAUAAAGUGAUAUCAAGUAAACCUCUACAUGUCUAUUGUUUUCUUGAUUGUAUAUAUAAUGAGGUAGAAAAAACUUAUUAUAUUUUGGAUAUCAUGUGUUGGAAUUCUCAUCCUUGUUUUGAUUCUGAAACUGAAUUCAGAUUCUAUUGGAUGAAUACCAAAAUUGAUGAAUGUAGUGGUUUGCAAGAGAUAGCAAAAAACAAUUAUUUCAAAUUUGUACCUCUUCCACAUUAUGACUGUAGUAAAGAAACUCUAAAAAGAGUUUUAUGGUCUGAUCUUCCAUUUCCAUCUAAGUUGGAUGGAUUGCUGUUUUACCAUAAGCAGUCUCAUUACAUUUGUGGCACCACUCCAUUGGUAGGCUGGUUAAAAGCAUAUAUGGUACCAGAAAUGCUUAGUAUAGAAGUUCCUCCAGCACUAAUGGCAGAAAAGCCGAGUUCUUAUGUCUCAAUGCAGCAACAUGUUCCAUAUGCAUUUGAGAAGCAUUUGAAGAGGAAGGAAGAAGAAGAGAAGAUAAUGUAUUAUGAGGAUGACUGACAUUUCUUCCGAACACGAAAUGGCACUACUGCUCCAAAACGUAACUUGUAAAUAAUUAUGUUUUAGUUGCAUCUUUUAACAAUCAUUCAAAUUUUUAUCUAAUGCAAAAUUGUUUAUACUUUUCAUAAAAAAAGAUUUCAUUCUUCAUUGGUAUGUGGCAUGUUUAAUAUAUAAAAGCGCUUGAAUAAAAUAAUAGAUUAAACUGUGA